AUGGUGAGAUCCGGGGCCUUCAUCCCUCUGCUCCUCCUCUUCCUUCUCCCUGGAGUCUCCCCCGACUGCUACACCGGCACAGCUGAGGAAUGUGGUGAGACCACGACCUUCGUGCCCGCGCACAGCUUGGUGGGGGAGGGCAUCGACGUGACCACUCUGAAGCGGACGGGGGCCAAUCUGGUGGACACCAGCCUGUGGCGCCACCCAAAUGGCACCUGCACCCUGUGCAAGAACCGGCUGCAGCGGGCGCAGCUGCACAGGGUACCACUGGCCAUGGUGGACUGGAAGGUCCAAAUGUCGUGCACCCAGGACCUCAGCAGCUCAGUGAAAGAGUCAGCCGCGGCUGUGGGCCGGGCACUGGCGUGGGAUGUGGACAAUGACUGGAUGUCAGAGCUGGAGCUGCAAGAGGAGCCCCAUGGCCCGGCCUUGAGGGGGUCCCAAUCCCAGCUCACCAGCUACGCUUACCAGAAGGAGAAGGACGACAAGUACAUGUUCGUGUACCAAGACAUGCCCUGUGUAUUUUACAGGGUGAGGUUCACUCAUGACCCCCCCCUGAUGCCCCAGUUCACCCGGGCACUGAGAAGCCUCCCACCCAGGUACGAAUCAGCCACAUACCGGCCCUUCCUGGCCACGUACGGUACCCACUACAUAAGGCAGGCGGACCUGGGGGGCCGCGUGCGGCAGCUGAUGGCCAUUGAGACCUGCCGGGCAGUGCUGGACAGGCAGACAGCCACCGAAAUCAAGGAUCGCCUGCGCUCACAGUUCUUGCAAGACCUGGGCUUGAGACAGAGCAGCGAGGGCAGGGGGAGCUCCCAGGAGCCCUACGUGGAGAAGCGCAUCCAGGUGACGGGUGGCAACAGCGACUCCAAUCUGCUCUUCUCCGCCAAGCAAAACGCCAAUUCCUUCUCGACCUGGAUGGAGAGCCUCAAAGCCAGCCCCGACCUGGUCUCCUACUCUGUGAUGCCCAUCCACACCUUGGUGAGAGCGGGCGACCCCAGGCGGGAGGCGCUGAAGCAGGCAGUGAAGAAGUACGUGGCUGAGCGGGGGCACAGGAAGAGUUGCCCUCGUAGCUGCCCACAAGGGGGCCAGGCUGACUCCUUGGAUCCCUGCAAAUGCUACUGCUCCGGCAACCCCUUCACCAACUCCAUGUGCUGUUCACUUGAGCGGGGCAUGGCCCGGCUGAAGGUCCAUGUGCUGAAGGGCGCAGACCUGUGGGGAGACUACUUGACCGCCACCGAUGCCUAUGUCAAGGUCUUCUUCCAAGGCCGGGAGCUGCAGACGGACUACAUUGUAGACAAUAACAACCCCGUCUGGUACAAAGACCUGAACUUUGGGCCAGUGACGCUGCCGACGAUGCUGAGGGAGCUGUCCAAACUGGAAUUAGAGGUGUGGGACAGCAACCCAUGGGAGGACGAGUGCCUGGGCCGCUGCGACACCAACCUCGAGGUCGGCAGGAGCGACACAUUCAUCUGCCUCCUUGACCACGGCCACUUGGAGUAUUCCUACACACUGGAGUGCGGGCCCAACCUGGGGGGCAACAACUGCCAUGAGUACGUGCCUGUGAGUGGCUAA